GGCCGCGGCGCCCGCGGCGGCACCGGAGCCGCCACCAUGAUGUCGACCUACAAGCGCGCGACGCUGGACGACGAGGACCCCUUGGAGGCCGACGGCGACGGAUACCCCAACGGCUUCCAGGUGAACUUCCGAAGCGCGCGGAGCGGCGCGGGCUGCUGGUCGGAGCGCACGCGCCUGGAGAAGCAGCUGGUGGUGCUGGCGGCGGCGCUGGCCGCCGUGCUGGCCGCCUGCCUGCUUGGCAUCGUCUUCCAGUACCGAGCCCGGCCGCCCGCCGUGUGCCUGUCGGAAGCGUGCGUGUCGGUGACCAGCGCCAUCCUGAGCUCGCUGGACCGCGCCGUGGAUCCGUGCGAGGAUUUCUUCGGCUACGCCUGCGGAGGCUGGAUCCGGGGCAACCCGCUGCCCGACGGCCACUCGCGCUGGGGCACCUUCAACAACCUCUGGGAGCACAACCAGGCCGUCAUGAAGCACCUGCUGGAGAACGCCACGGCCAACGUGUCGAGCGAGGCGGAGCGCAAGGCGCAGCGCUACUACCGCGCCUGCAUGAACGAGAGCAAGAUCGAGGAGCUGCGCGCCGCGCCGCUCGCCGAGCUCAUCCGCAAGCUCGGCGGCUGGAACGUCACGGGCGCCUGGUCCGGCGGCGACUUCAACGCGACGCUGCGGGAGGUGACGGCGCACUACCGCACGUCGCCCUUCUUCUCCGUCUACGUCAGCGCCGACUCCAAGAACUCCAACAGCAACGUCAUCCAGGUCGACCAGUCGGGCUUGGGGCUGCCGUCCCGCGACUACUACCUGAACAAGACGGAGAACGAGAAGGUGCUCGCCGGCUACCUGGACUACAUGGUGGAGCUGGCCACCUUCCUGGGCGGCACCGACGAGGCCUCCACGCGGCAGCAGAUGCAGCAGAUCCUGGACUUCGAGACGGCGCUGGCCAACAUCACCAUCCCGCAGGAGAAGCACCGCGACGAGGAGCUCAUCUACCACAAGAUGACGGCCGGAGACCUCAAGGCACUGGCGCCGGCCGUGGACUGGCUGCCCUUCUUGGCCACCGUCUUCUACCCCGUGGAGCUCAACGAGUCGGAGCCCGUGGUGGUCUACGCCAAGGAGUACCUGGAGCAGGUCUCCGAGCUCAUCCUCGCCACGGACAAAUGCCUCCUGCACAACUACAUGAUCUGGAACCUGGUGCGGAAAACCAGCCCCUUCCUCGACCAGCGCUUCCAGGACGCCGAGGAGAAGUUCAUGGAGGUGAUGUACGGGACGAAGAAGACUUGCCUCCCACGCUGGAAGUUCUGUAUCAGUGACACGGACAACAACCUGGGCUUCGCCCUGGGGGCCAUGUUCGUCAAGGCCACCUUUGCCGAGGACAGCAAGCAAGUGGCGGAGGAGAUGAUCGCUGAGAUCAAGACGGCCUUCGAGGAGAGCCUGGAGACGCUGCAGUGGAUGGAUGAUGAGACCAGGAAAUCAGCCAAGGAGAAGGCAGAUGCCAUCUACAACAUGAUCGGCUACCCCAAGUUCAUCAUGGACCCCAAGGAGCUGGAUAAAGUGUUCAACGAUUACGAGGCCGUGUCCGACCUCUACUUCGAGAACGUCAUGCAGUUUUACAACUUCUCGGCCAGAGUCACUGCCGACCAGCUCCGGAAACCGCCCAACCGGGACCAGUGGAGCAUGACGCCGCCGACGGUCAACGCGUACUACUCGCCCACCAAGAACGAGAUCGUCUUCCCUGCCGGGAUCCUCCAGGCCCCGUUUUACACCCGUGCCUCUCCCAAGUCACUGAACUUUGGUGGCAUUGGCGUGGUGGUGGGCCACGAGCUGACACAUGCCUUUGAUGACCAAGGUCGGGAAUAUGACAAGGAUGGUAACCUGCGGCCGUGGUGGAAGAACUCCUCGGUGGAGGCCUUCAAGAGGCAGACGGAGUGCAUGGUGGAGCAGUACAGCAACUACAGCGUCAACGGCGAGGCCGUCAACGGCAAGCACACGCUGGGAGAGAACAUCGCCGACAACGGGGGCCUCAAGGCCGCCUACCGGGCCUACCAAAACUGGCUGAAAAGGAACGGCGAGGAGGAAACGCUCCCCACCCUCGGCCUCACCAACCACCAGCUCUUCUUCGUGGGCUUCGCACAGGUGUGGUGCUCGGUGCGCACGCCCGAGAGCUCGCACGAGGGGCUCAUCACCGACCCGCACAGCCCCUCGCGCUACCGCGUCAUCGGCACCGUCUCCAACUCGCGCGAGUUCGCCCACCACUUCGCUUGCCCGCCCGGCUCCCCCAUGAACCCCCCCAAGAAGUGCGAGGUGUGGUGAGGGGCGCGCGCCCGGGCCGCCGUCCCCGCGCGCCCCCGUCCUUCCCCGAGGCUCAAAACCACUGCUCCGUGCAACGAGCUGCCCGGUGCUCAGCCGGCGCGGCGCCCGCGGUUCGGCCCACUGUGAAACGCCCUCUCCUCGCUCCCGCAGUGACUCUGAGCUCUAUUUUUUUGUAUGUUUUUCCCUGUUCCAACACGACCAGGCACCCGCGCAGCAAAGACAGCGGGGCUGGAAAGCAUCGAAAGCAUCUCAAGAUAUAUUUUUUUUUUUGGAAAGCAGGGCGGGAGGGAAAUAUUUUUCUAGCAUUGUGGAAUACACUGGAAGAGUUCAGGGACAGCACAUUUUAAAAGUUUUUUUU